AUGAAAGGCAGAACAUUUGCCUUACUUGUGGAGAGAAAGGACAUUUCUCAGCAGACUGUCCAAGGAACUGCCCCAGUACUAGUCAACCCACCCGCUCAACCACAAGGAGAGAGAGGCGACCAGGGAGUGGAAGCCGUAGAAUUUAAAGCCGGGAUGGAUGGUUAUGGGAAUGGAGAUUUGAGCAAGGAGGAUCAGAGGAGAUCAGUGGAAGAGGAGUCUGCAAGGGGACAACGUGAAGACAGAGUAAGAGGAGUCUGCAAGGGACAACGUGAAGACAGAGUAAGAGGAGGCAAGGCAUCUUCAAAGAUGGGGAGAGACACCGGAACAAUGGAACGUUCCUACUCUCUACAACUGGAAUUCGGGGACGAAUUCUAUUAA